AUGGACGGCAUUAAGAAGACGUUUGCGCAAUGCAAGAAGGAGGGCAGGUCUGCUCUCGUCACCUAUGUGACUGCAGGUUUCCCUACCGCAGAGGAGACACCAGACAUCAUGAUGGCCAUGGAGGCCGGAGGUGCUGACAUUAUUGAACUCGGCAUGCCCUUCACCGACCCCAUUGCCGACGGCCCAGCAAUUCAGACCGCCAACACUCAAGCCCUCAAGAACGGCGUCACAAUUGGCCAUGUCCUCCAGAUGAUCCGCGACGCGAGGAAGCGGGGUCUGAAGGCACCGGUCCUUCUCAUGGGAUACUACAACCCGCUGCUCAGCUACGGCGAGGAGAAGAUGCUACAGGAUGCGAAGGAGGCCGGAGCCAACGGCUUCAUCAUGGUCGACCUGCCACCGGAGGAGGCUCUGCGCUUCAGGAACUUCUGCCGCAGCUACGGUCUCUCUUACGUUCCCCUCAUCGCUCCCGCUACCUCCGAGCACCGCAUGCGCGUCCUCUGCAAAAUCGCCGAUUCCUUCAUCUACGUCGUAUCGCGUAUGGGCGUCACCGGCGCCAGCGGCACAAUGAACGCUGCCCUCCCCCAACUUCUCGAGCGCGUCCACAAAUACUCUGGCAAUGUUCCGGCGGCUGUCGGUUUCGGUGUCAGCACACGCGACCACUACCUGAGCGUAGGCAAGAUUGCUGAGGGUGUCGUUAUCGGCUCCCAGAUCAUCAACACGUUGAUCAAGGCUCCAGCAGGAGAGGGCGCAAAGGCAGUUGAGAAGUACUGCGACGAGAUCUGCGGCAAGAGCACCCGCGAGACAACUCGCGAGGUUGGCAUCGUUGAGACAUUGAACGAGGCCAAGGAGCCCACCGGCGUGCACGUCGACAAGGUCAUCACAGAUGCCGACACACCAGAUGGCCCCGGUCUCGCCGACCAGCUGGAGAUGCUCAACACUGACGAGACGGACGGCGCGAAUGGAACCAACCAGCAGAAUGGAUUUGAUGAGAAGCACAAGUUCCCCGCGCGAUUCGGCGAGUUUGGCGGGCAAUACGUGCCUGAAUCUCUCAUGGAUUGUCUUUCUGAGCUCGAGGAGGGCUUCAACACAGCGAUCGAAGACCCCAAGUUCUGGGAAGAGUACCGUUCUUACUACGACUGGAUGGGCAGACCAGGACAUUUGCAUCUUGCCGAGCGUCUUACCGAGCACGCUGGAGGUGCCAACAUCUGGUUGAAGAGAGAGGAUCUGAACCAUACCGGAAGUCACAAGAUCAACAACGCUCUCGGACAGGUACUCAUCGCCAGGAGACUGGGAAAGACUGAGAUCAUUGCCGAGACUGGAGCUGGCCAGCACGGUGUUGCGACAGCCACCGUCUGCGCCAAGUUCAACAUGAAGUGCACCAUCUACAUGGGUGCCGAGGAUGUCAGGCGUCAAGCCCUGAACGUCUUCCGCAUCAAGUUGCUCGGUGCGCAGGUCGUUGCUGUCGAGGCUGGUGCGCAGACCCUCCGCGAUGCAGUCAACGAGGCCAUGCGCGCUUGGGUCGUUCACCUCGACACAACUCACUACAUCAUCGGAUCCGCCAUCGGCCCUCACCCCUUCCCCACGAUUGUCCGCACUUUCCAGUCGAUCAUCGGAAACGAGACCAAGGAGCAGAUGCAGGCCAAGCGUGGCAAGCUUCCCGAUGCUGUAGUUGCUUGCGUUGGUGGCGGCAGCAAUGCCGCGGGCAUGUUCUACCCCUUCUCCAAGGACAUGUCCGUUAAGCUUCUCGGUAUCGAGGCUGGUGGUGACGGCAUCGACACAGACCGCCACAGUGCAACACUCUCCGCUGGAACCAAGGGUGUGCUUCACGGCGUGCGUACCUACGUUAUCCAGAACCAGCACGGACAGAUCAGCGAGACUCACUCGGUCUCUGCUGGUCUCGACUACCCUGGUGUUGGCCCAGAGCUUUCCAGCUGGAAGGACAGCGACCGUGCCAAGUUCAUCGCCUGCACUGAUGCCGAGGCGUUCAUUGGCUUCCGUCUGAUGUCCCAGCUCGAGGGUAUUAUCCCUGCGCUGGAGACUUCGCACGCCGUCUUUGGUGCCAUUGAGUUGGCCAAGACGAUGAACAAGGACCAGGACAUUGUCAUUUGUGUCUCUGGACGUGGUGAUAAGGACGUGCAGAGUGUUGCGGAGGAGCUGCCCAAGCUAGGACCCAAGAUUGGCUGGGACCUGAGGUACUGCCUAACACUGCUCCUCCACAACCCGCAAGCCUCCACCCUGGACGCCUUGAGCCCUUACCGUGACGCUGCGCCCAUCCAAGCCUUUGAGCUCCAACAACUCACCACAUCCCCAAAAGAGACACGGCGCGAGACCAAGAGGGAACAAAAGCGACGGGAGAAGCUCGAGCAGCUUCGCGAGGCCGACGAGAUGAAAUUCUCCCACAGCCUGCAGUUCAAUGCAGUGCCGGACUGGAGCAACCAUUAUAUUGCCUACAGCAACCUGAAGAAGCAGAUAUACAGCCUUGAGACGCAGCUCAACCAGAAGCAGGCGCACGCCGAUGCCGAAUCCUCACCACUCCUCAACGGGGAUGCCGACGACCCUGACAAGGUCUUCACGAAUACCCUCGACACGGAACUGGAACGCGUCACGUCUUUCUACAAGCUCAAGGAGAAUGAGAUCUUCGAGGAGAUGGAGGCCCUGCUCAAGGACGAGGAGCUGUUCGAGUACCACCAGGACGAGUACAAUGAGGAGAACGAGAAUGCGCCGCCAGGGAAGAAGAUGCGCAGUGGAAGCGUCUUCAAGGCCAUCGGCUUCAACCGACCGCGGGCCAUGAGCGGUGCGAGCGGGCGAUCAACCGACCACGGCGCAGAGGCAGAUGGAGACGAGGACGAUUCGGACGAAGACGUUGACGAGACCGCACAGCUGCGUAAGAAGAGCCCGGACGGUCAACGGCGACGCAGACGGACGACGGACGAAGACAUGGCAGCCUCCCACGUUUCCUCGAGACGGAAGACGAGCGUCGCAUUCGAGGACUACAACGACAUGGCUUUCUCAGCGCUGUACGACGAAGGCGUGUCGCUUAAGAAGCGGGCCGUCAGUGUCUACGUUCUGCUGUGCGAGCUGCGAUCCUUCAUCCAGCUGAACAAGACGGGUUUCGAAAAGGUGCUGAAAAAGUACGACAAGAUCAUGGACCGCAAACUCAAAAAGACAUACCUGAACAAAUAUGUCUACCCGGCAUACCCUUUCCAGCAAAGCACCAUGGACACGCUCACGCGGAACCUCGAGCGCAUGGAAGAAGCGUACGCGCAGAUCGGCACAAAGGGCGACAUUGUAGAGGCGAAGCGCGAGCUGAGACUACAUCUGCGAGAACACGUUGUAUGGGAGAGAAACACAGUUUGGCGAGAGAUGAUUGGAAUCGAACGGAAAGCGCAAGCGGCCAAUAUCGGUAUCAGCCAUACACUGCUCGGACGCGACACAACAGGCGGCAAGAUUAGGCGGCAAGGAGACGAGGUCGAAUCAGACAUGAAGGAGGUGGAUACGCCGAUUGGAAGAUAUCGGUGCCCGCAAUGGCUUGUCAGCAGGACCUUCUGGAUUCUGCUUGCUUGCAUAGCGGUCUUCGUCGUGCUGCUUGUGGUGCCCAUUAUGGAGGCGCCUGAGCAGCAGAACUGUCUGGCCAUGGUGAUCUUUGUCAGUUUACUGUGGGCCACCGAGGCCAUACCUCUCUUCGUCACUUCACUCUUGGUACCUUUCCUCGCAGUAACACUGAAUGUAGUCCGAAGCGAUGUGGAGCCCCACCGAAGACUGGAAUCCAAGGCAGCCGCAUCUUACGUCUUUUCCGCUAUGUGGACGCCAGUCAUCAUGCUGCUACUCGGUGGUUUCACAAUCGCUGCUGCGCUAUCAAAGUACAACAUCGCUAAGAUGAUGGCUACCUUUGUCCUUAGCAAGGCUGGAACGAAGCCAAGGACCGUACUCGUGGUCAACAUGUUCGUCGCCAUGUUCGCCAGUAUGUGGAUCAGCAACGUUGCCGCACCCGUGCUCUGCUUCUCCAUCAUCCAGCCCAUCCUCCGCAACCUCCCCGCCGAUUCCGACAUGACCAAAGCACUCCUCAUGGGCAUCGCCCUCUCCUCCAACAUCGGCGGCGCCGCAUCCCCCAUCGCCUCACCCCAAAACCUAAUCGCGCUACAAAACAUGCACCCUGAACCCUCCUGGGGCGUCUGGUUCUUCGUCGCACUCCCCGUCUGCAUCAUCUCCAUCCUGCUCAUCUGGGUCUUCCUCCUCAUCACCUUCCAACCCGGCCGCGGCACCAGCAUCGUGCCCAUCCGCCCCUUGAAGGACAAGUUCACCGGCGUGCAGUGGUUCAUCAGCGUCGUUACGCUCGUUACUAUUGUCCUGUGGUGCGUGAGCCACCAGCUUGAAUCCAUCUUCGGCGACAUGGGCGUCGUAGCCAUCAUCCCCAUCGUCCUCUUCUUCGGCACCGGCAUCCUGACUAAAGAGGACUUCAACAAUUUCCUCUGGACCAUCAUCAUCCUCGCCGCCGGCGGCCUGUCCCUCGGUAAAGCAGUCAAUUCAUCGGGGCUGCUGCAUACGAUCGCUGAGUCCAUCACUGCCGGCGUCGAGGGCAUGAGCUUGUAUGGUGUUCUCGUCGUCUUCUGCGCGCUGAUCGGUGUGGUCGCUACGUUUAUCAGUCAUACCGUUGCGGCGCUUAUUGUGCUCCCGCUUGUCCAGCAGGUCGGGCAGCAGAUGCCGGAACCGCAUCCUAAUCUGCUGGUUAUGGGCGCGGUGUUGAUGGCUAGUGGGGCGAUGGGGUUGCCGACUAGUGGGUUUCCCAAUAUGACUGCGAUUAUGAUGGAAGAUCAACGUACUGGACAGAGGUAUCUUGCUGUUAAGCACUUUUUGACGAGGGGUGUGCCGGCGAGUAUUAUUACUUUCUGUGUUAUUAUUACGGUUGGGUAUGGGUUGAUGCUUGCUGUGGGCUUCUAG